UUUUAUUAUUGAGGAUGAGUUUCCAUCUGACCAGCAGCUCUGGAACCUUGAGAGGAACCCCAGUCUGGACCAAGAGGAGCCAGAACCUCCACAGAUUAAAGAGGAGGAGGAGCACUGCAUUGGUCUGGAAGUAGAGCAGCUUGAACUGAAGCAGGAGGAUCAAGAUAACGUUUUGUUUAAUCCUACUUUCAUGGAAAGUGACCACAGUGAACCAGAACCAAGUGACCACCAGCUCCUCUUCCACAGCUCAGCUCAGAGCCAAGAUCUCAACGAAUACAAGCAUGGAAACUCAAAAUCAGUUAAAAAUGCAGAGCAGGCAUCAGAAAAGGGACAUCAUGUCAUCACAAGAGCAAAAGAAAGCACAAGUCCCAGUAACCUUGCAUGUAGCACUACCAUGUCAAAGAUUGUGCCGAAUAUCUGCAAGAGUAAAAAGGUUUUCCUGUGUGACACUUGUGGAAAAGUCUUUAAGUGGAAGUCAGGAUUAAAUGGACAUCUGAAGGUGCACACAGAUCAGAAACAGCAUUCUUGCGAAGUGUGUGAUAAAAGUUUCACAACUCGCACAAAUUUGACGAGACACGAGAGAACGCACACGGGCAAGAGACCUUUUACUUGUAAAACUUGUGGGAGAAGUUUUAGCCAGAGAGCUUAUCUGCAGGUCCACGAGAGAACACACACAGGUGAGAAACCAUAUCUUUGCAGAACCUGUGGAAAAAGAUUUGGUUACAAGUCAGUACUAAAAUCACAUAUGAGAGUCCACACAGGGGAGAAACUGCAUUCUUGCAAAUUGUGUGAAAAAAGUUUCACAACUAGCACAAAGUUGAAGCUCCACGAGAGAACGCACACAGGCGAGAAACCUUUUACUUGUAAAACAUGUGGGAGAAGUUUUAUUCAGAGGAUUACCCUUCAGGUCCACGAGAGAACGCACACAGGCGAGAAACCUUUUACUUGCAAAACUUGUGGGAGAAGUUUUAGCGAGAGAAAUCACCUGAAGAGUCACGAGAGAACGCACACGGGCGAGAAACCUUUUACUUGCAAAACUUGUGGGAGAAGUUUUAGCCGGAGAGCUUCUCUGCAGGUCCACGAGAGAACACACACAGGCGAGAAACCUUUUAUUUGCAAAACUUGUGGAAGAAGUUUUAGCGAGAGAAAUAUCCUGAAGAGUCACGAGAGAACGCACACAGGCGAGAAACCUUUUACUUGCAAAACUUGUGGAAUAAGUUUUAGCAUGAGACAUACCCUGAAGAGUCACGAGAGAACACACACGGGCGAGAAACCUUUUUCUUGCAAAACUUGUGGAAGAAGUUUUAGCAUGAGACAUACCCUGAAGAGUCACGAGAGAACACACACGGGCGAGAAACCUUUUACUUGCAAAACUUGUGGGAGAUGUUUUAGCGAGAGAAAUACCCUGAAGAGUCACGAGAGAACACACACAGGCGAGAAACCUUUUUCUUGCAAAACUUGUGGGAGAAGUUUUAGCAUGAGACAUACCCUGAAGAGUCACGAGAGAACACACACGGGCGAGAAACCUUUUACUUGCAAAACUUGUGAGAAAAGUUUUAAAUGGGGAAGUAGCUUGAAAGUCCACAUGAGAAGCCAUACAGGUGAGGAGUCGUAUCCAUGUACAACUUGUGGGGAAAGAUUUGUUAUCAAAUCCCUUCUAACAAAACAUUUGUGUACCCACACAUAGCGAAACAGAUAUUUUUGUAAAAUGUUGGAAAGAUCUCUGACUUGCCUGUUUAUACAAAGUCCACAGGAGAAAUCCUCCAGUUGAGAAGCCACACCAUGGCAACACGAGAGUGAUAAGAUUUGCUCAAGCGUUGUCAAAGAAGUUGUUACUCAGUUAAUGAUUCAUUAAUUAGUGAUACAACAGUUGGCGCAAACAACACUGGAAAUUUUUCCAGGGGACCAAAAAAGUGAUGAACCUUGUACUUCACAAAGCAUUGAACUACUGCCAGGUUCCUCACUUACAUCUACGCAAGAGAGAUUGUGUACAUUUGCAUUAGCUGCAUCUCUGCAACUGAAUGUGGGAAUUAUCCCAUUGAGGAGACAUCACAAUAUCUUUGAUGGUCAACCACAUUUGCUGAAGUACCCACGUUUCUGUUCUUCAUGUGACUGUCAUUGAUAUCUACAUCUGCAAAGGAAGUGAUGUUUUCACCCAUGUCUCUUUGUUUUUUCAUUUGUCAGCAAUUUAUACCAAAUGGUGCAGGAAGGGGACGGGGGUGAGAGCAAUGUAAAGUGACAGAUCCAGGAUAUUUUAUUAUCACUGAAUGUUGAGAGAUGUUGUCAAUGUGUCAAGAAAGACUGUGGAUCAAAAUGUACAAAUCUUACAUAUUUGUGGUACAGAGAUUUAUAAUAACACAGUAUGUGGUGCAGAUUAUCAGAUGACUUCCCUUUUUCUUUUCUCUUUCUUUUACAAAGAAGAAAAUAUGUUGUUAAUGUGUACACAGUCCUUAAUGACUCACUGUAAAUGGUUAUUCUUGUGUACUACGUGUAUUCAAUACUUCAGUGCAUUUGCAGUUCAUUAAAGUUUCUUGAAUUAU